AUGCGCUGCGAGCGGAGGAUGACGAGUGUGUCUGCAGAGCUCUGUUUGCUGGCUUGUUUAAUUCUGACUGUAGACUUGACUUUGGGUUUGGGGCUAAACAAAGACAUGGAGUUUACGUUUCUAUUAUCUGCUGGCAGCAAAGAGUGUUUUUACCAAACCACAGCGAAGAACGACAGCAUUGAUGUUGGAUACCAGGUGAUAGCUGGGUCAGGUCUGGAUGUUGGCUUUGCCAUCAUCUCACCCAGCGGACACCGGCUGGUCUCUGACUUCAGGAGUUCUGAUGGCAUUCACACGGUGGAUCCCACAGAGGAUGGGGACUACGGGUUGUGUUUCGACAACAGCUUCAGUAAACUCUCAGAGAAGAUGGUGUUCUUUGAGGUGACCAUUAAUAGUCAGAGCGGUGUAGGCGGAGGCCAAGAUGUGUGGGGGGAAGAGGCUGCGACAGAGAGCAUGGUGGAGUACAAACUAGAGGACAUCAGGGAGAGCAUGGACUCCAUGUACCAGCACCUGAAGAGGAGCCGUCAGAUCCUGGCUGUGCUGCGGGUCUUAGAGGCGCGUGACCGCUACCUUCUGGAGGACAACCUGUGGCGCGUGUCCUUCUGGUCCUGCCUCAACCUGCUCGUCAUGCUCACCGUCGCUGUCACUCAAAUCUACACCCUGCGACGCCUCUUUGUUGACACCAAGCGGGUCUGCACAUAGUC